ACUAAAGCUAAAUUCACCGUAUUUAAAACAAAAACAAGUCCGCAUUUUUUCAGAUCUGAUGGUGGCUCUUCCGUGUUUUUCCACUUCCCUCCCUGCCGUGUUGCUUUCACUUCUUAGAAGUCACCGCUUCAGCUACCAGUUGCCGGUCCGAGAUGGAGCUGCGAAUAAAAGCCGCAGUCUGUGCUGUUCUGUCGGUGGCUCUCCAUUCAAGUAAGAAGACGUUUAUAAUUGACCCACGUGCUCCGCUUACACUCCCAGUCACACGGUACCAAUUUUCUGUAAAAACCUAUUUUGAGUCUUCCUUUUUUUCCUUUCCCACAGGCUGCUCCGGUUUGAGUCUCACUACUCCCACAAGCCCCAUUUUCGGACGGGUAGGCGGCGAUGUGACAUUUGACGUUUCACCAAAUCCUUCAAAUGUCGUGUUACAGACGGUGACCUGGACGGUAAACAAUACUAACAUGGUGGUAAAUUCGGCAGGUUCUCAAGUUGCAUACGGACAGGGAUAUGAAGGGAGAGCCCAUCUGAACACAAUGACAGGAUCUCUGUCGCUCUUCAGACUCGCUCUGCGUGACUCGGGACAGUACAGCGUGAGCAUCGGCACUACUGGGAGAGAGAGUGCGAGUGCCAGUGUCACACUUCAAGUGUUAGAUCCAGUUUCUGUACCCACAAUCCAGUCCAAUGUGCCUAAUCCUGUAGAGUUCAAUGACACAGUGACUUUGACCUGCACGGCCUCUGUCUCAGAUGUCUCUUACCGGUGGUUCAAUGGCAGCUCAGAGGUGUCGGACACUCAGAGGAUUCUCCUCAGUGCUGAUAGCAGAACUCUAACGAUAUCAGGCGUGUUGAGAUCAGAUGAUGGGCCUUUCUACUGUUACGUGUAUAACCAUGUCAGUAACGACACCAGCAGUCCUUUUAGCCUUGAUGUAAAAUAUGGACCGGACUUGCCCACUUUGUCUGUCAGACCUAACAAACCAGUCUAUGCUCCUGGAUCUUCCCUUAUUUUAAAAUGUUCAGCACAGUCCAAUCCUACUGCUCAGUAUCAAUGGUUCUUAAAUGGAACUUCUCUUAACAAAAGAGGCCAGGAGCUCGAAAUACGGAACAUUCAGGUGGAUCAGGCGGGUAACUACACAUGUUGGGCUUUCAAUGAUGUUACACUCAGGUAUGCUGCUGUCCACAGAGUGAUUGAUGUCAGAGCAUCUUCACCAGGAACAGUUUUCAUCUUGACAACAGAAAGUCUAGCUGGAACGAUCAUCGGUUCAUUUCUAGGGGGCGUUCUUGUAUCAGUGAUUGCAUUUCUUAUUGGAAAUAGCAUCAGGAAGGGACAACUUUGCGGAAAAGUUCCAGAUGUUAAAGCAGACAUUAAUGAGCACCCACCAAGCACUUAUGAAAAUGUGCAUAACAUGAAAACAAUGGAUAAAGGUCCUUCUGUUACAAGUCCCAGCGCAGAUCAACAUUACAUGGGUCUGCUGCCUGGAAAGCAGUCAAUCUACCACUCCCUCCAAGGACAAAUACCAGCUUAGCAUAAGAUGGAGAAAUGUUUAUAUUGGGACUGUCAUUUGUGAUCACUGGACAGCUCCUUCAGUUGCAGUUUUAGGAGAUAUGCAAUAUUUCUAUGUACAAGUCUGUUAAGUAUUUUAAUACCAGGCAUUGAUUACUGUUAUGUUUGAGAGGAAAGGAAAAUGUGUGGUUGUUAUGUAGAGGUGCAACAGAUAAAAGCUUCUCUGUCUUAAAGUGCUUCCUACAUUGGUUCCAUAUUCUGAGAGAAUGAAGGGUAAAUGGAUUUUUAGUGUAAUGAUGGUAGUUUGUAUUAACAGGGGCACAGAGGAGGGAUUUUAUUUAAUUUUUUUUUUUUAACUCUUAACGGAAUUCUUGGAUUUUAUUUAAAUCUUUUUAAGGCGAUCAAUUCAGAGAAAAAGUUGAAUAGCUGUAUGGUAAUGCUGAUGCUACAAAUAAUCUGUUUGUCAAUACCACAUAAACUGUGGAGAUAGUAAUUGACUUUCGCAAACAACAGUUACUACCUUGCCCCAUAAAAACUGAUGAUUCUGUAGUCAAUAUGGAGGAAGACUUCAAAUUGUGGGGCACAACUAUCACAAAGUCUCUCUGAUAGGACAUUAACACCACUUCCAUCACUAAGAAGACUCAACAGCCGAUGUAUUUUUAUGCCAACAUAAGACACCAAGUAUCUCUCAGCCUAGCCGGAUACAAUUCUACUAAGCCAUAAAUGAAAGUGUGACCACACUCUCCAUUGAAGUCUGAAUGGGCUCAGUAGUAAUUUGCUCAACAAAUAAAUUAUUACAUGUCAUGAGGUCUGCUGACAAGAUAAUAGGCUGUGCUCUUCAAUCUUUUGCAGACCUUUGUGUACCUAAUGUCUUAAACCAUGUCAAAAGAAUAACCAUUGACUGUGCUCUCUCAGGUCAUCACUUGUUCCAAAACCUCCUUUUUGACAAUACUUUAAGUUAAUUAAAACUAAAACUAAUUGACAGCUAAACAGUUUCUUUUCUUUCCCAGAGCCAGAGCCCUCGCAAGCCAGUAAUUUAUCUUGUCUUCCUUCCUUCUUUGUAUGGUUUUUCAUAUAUGAGGUUGUGAGUGUGUCUAUAUAUAAAUGCAGUAUAUGCACAUGUACAGUAUGUGUACAUUUGUACACACUAUACACACAUACUUUGAUUUACACAUCUCCUUUAUCAUUGCACUUCUCUGUAACUGUUUAUAAUGUGAGUUGUUUAACUUGUGUUAUUUAUGUUAUUUCUAUUUGAUUUUGUGUUCUGCUUUAAGUAGCUUCAAAUGUAUCAAGUUAAAUGCCUAGUCAUUAAGUACUGUUGAAUAAAAAGUGAAUCUCAUGGUGAUUGGCAGAGAAAUU